UAUUUGUUGAUUAAUUCAUCCCACCCCAUUUGCCCCUUCUGGGGACCUAAACUAAACAGACGCAGGCACACACCAAUCUCCAUCUCCUCCGAUCUCCCCCCUCCGGAAACCCUAGACCACUCCCGACUCCGAUCGCCAUGUCCGCCGCUCAACUUCUACGCCACUCCCGCAAGCUGCGGAGUUUGCAGAAUGCUAUAGAUUGUGAGCGUUCUAGUCUUGCCCGGUGCUUCUCUAGUGGUUCCGGCUCCUUUCUCGUGAAGGAAAAUGUUGGAGAAGGGAGAUGCUCUCUUUCAGGUGUUGGAAAAAGAACUGGCGGCGCCAAUUUUUCCCAAUACAACAAACCCAUGAAAGAGCUUGAGACAUUCAAGGUGCCACUAGGAGUAAACAGAAGCUACACCUGGAGAAGAGCACCCACCAGCGGUAUCCCGAAUGCUGUUAGUGGCCUCAAUGGUUCAUUCUCAUGUGGGCAGGUGGUUUCAGCACGACCAUUCUCAAGUAGCGCAGACCUGCCACCACAUCAGGAAAUUGGGAUGCCAUCGCUCUCCCCUACAAUGACUGAGGGAAACAUUGCCAAGUGGCUUAAGAAGGAAGGAGACAAGGUCUCCCCUGGUGAGGUUCUCUGUGAGGUGGAAACUGAUAAAGCCACUGUGGAGAUGGAGUGCAUGGAAGAGGGCUAUCUCGCUAAGAUUAUUCAUGGAGAUGGCGCCAAGGAGAUUAAAGUGGGCGAGAUCAUCGCUAUAACUGUGGAAGAAGAGGGUGACAUUGAGAAGUUUAAGGAUUAUAAGCCUUCGUCUUCAGCUGAACCUGUAGCUCCUGCUGAAUCAAAGGCUCAACCUGAGCCUUCAAAGCCAAAGGUGGAGGAGAAAGAGCCUACCAAGGCUCCUGAGCCCAAGGCCCCCAAAACAGAAGAAGCUCCUCAAUCUGGAGAUCGAAUAUUCGCCAGCCCUCUUGCUCGAAAGCUGGCAGAAGAUAACAAUGUCCCACUGUCAAGUGUGAAAGGUACUGGUCCUGAUGGGCGUAUUUUGAAGGCAGACAUUGAAGAUUACUUGGGCAAGGGUGGCAAGAGUGAGGCUCUUGCAGCUCCAGGAUUAAGUUACGUAGAUAUUCCAAAUGCACAGAUAAGAAAGGUUACCGCAAACCGCCUUCUAGCAUCGAAACAAACCAUUCCACAUUACUACUUGACAGUUGACACACGUGUCGAUAAACUUAUCAAGUUACGAGGGGAACUGAACCCUCUGCAGGAAGUCUCUGGUGGAAAGAAAAUAUCUAUCAACGAUCUUGUUAUAAAGGCUGCAGCUUUGGCUCUUCGAAAGGUCCCCCAGUGUAACAGCUCAUGGAUGAAUGAUUUUAUUCGUCAAUACCACAAUGUGAACAUCAAUGUCGCUGUUCAGACUGAGCAUGGAUUGUUUGUUCCAGUAAUUAGGGAUGCAGACAAGAAGGGACUUGGUACAAUUGCUGAGGAGGUGAAGCAGUUGGCUCAAAGAGCAAAGGAGAACAGCUUAAAACCAGCAGAUUAUGAGGGUGGCACAUUCACCGUAUCAAACUUGGGAGGUCCUUUCGGAAUUAAACAAUUCUGUGCCAUCAUAAAUCCUCCUCAGUCAGCAAUAUUGGCCAUUGGUUCUGCUGAGAAGAGGGUGAUACCAGGUGGCGCUGAUGCUCAGUAUGAGUUCGGUUCAUUCAUGUCAGCUACGCUGAGCUGUGACCACAGGGUUAUUGAUGGUGCAAUUGGUGCGGAAUUUCUGAAAGCGUUCAAAGGGUAUAUUGAGAACCCGACGUCAAUGUUGCUGUGAAGUUAGUAUGACCAAGACAACUCUUGUCAAAGUUGCUGAAUAACUCGAGCGGUGCUGUCUCUAUUUUGUAUAAGAAUCUGAUCACCGUUUGGAGGACCUAAAAAGCAAGAGCAUGGAGCUAAUGCAGCAGGACCUGAUUCGUGGAUUAAAAGCCUUUUUUUCGUUUUGCUUUACCGUUUUGGUUCUAACCAGUGUUACACUGGAAAGUAGGAUCAACUUACAAAGCCUCAUUGAGCCAAUUUUUUGGUUUUGUCCUCGGCCUUUAUGACAUGAGAAUGUCACUCCCCGGAGAAUUUUGCAGUAUAGGGUUUGCAUUUUCUAAGCACACAUAAUUGGUCGGAAUAAAUGAUGUCAAUAUUGGGAGAAA